CUUUAAAAGGUCUAUUGUUGCAUACUCCGGCACAGUCGCAGUAUGCAGUACUCCAGUUUUCCAUUGGAUUGGCAGAGGAGCGUGUUAAGCCACGCCCCGUCUCGCUCAGUGGGCGUGGUCAGCACGUGUGUCAGCAGCAGCAGCUUGAGUCAGCCCAACAGUCUCACCCUCAUCCGCCCGGAAUACUUCAAACUAUCAGGAGAGACGCCCGGAAUGUGUCUGCUCGCAUCCGUUCUCCUCUUCAUCGCAUCAUAAAGGACACUCGCUGAAUCACAGCACUUCCCUCGAACUUCUUCAUCAUCAUCAUCAUCAUCAUCAUCAUGUCUGGGAAGUCAGACGGUGUGCAGAAGAAGUGGGCGGCCGUACGAGGUCGACUGGGCUCGUCCCAGGACUCGGACAGCUCGCAGGAGGCCAACCUGGAGAACGCAGAUGCCGAGCUCUGCAUCCGUCUGCUGCAGGUGCCCACCGUGGUCAACUACUCAGGCCUGAAGAAGCGUCUGGAGAACAGUGACCAGACCUGGAUGGUGCAGUUCCUGGAGCUCUCGGGCCUCGAUCUGCUGCUGGAGGCCCUGGACCGUCUUUCGGGACGUGGCUGCUCUCGGAUCGCAGACGCUCUGCUGCAGCUGACGUGUGUGAGCUGUGUGAGAGCCGUGAUGAACUCAUCUGCUGGGAUUCACUUCAUCGUGGAUAACGAGGGAUACGUGCGCAAGCUGUCGCAGGCUUUGGACACGUCUAACACCAUGGUGAAGAAGCAGGUGUUUGAGCUGCUGGCGGCCCUUUGCAUGUUCUCCUCAGAGGGUCACAGACUCGCUUUAGACGCUCUGGACCAUUACAAGUCUGUGAAGAUGCAGCAGUAUCGAUUCAGUGUGAUUAUGAAUGAACUCCAGUCCACUGAUAACGUGCCUUACAUGGUGACUCUUCUGAGCGUCAUAAACGCCCUGAUCUUCAGCGCAGACGACCUGCGCCAGAGAAACAAGAUGCGCCAGGAGUUCAUCGGAUUACAGCUGCUUCAUCUGCUGACGAAGUUAAGAGAAGAGGAUGAUGAAGACUUGAUCAUCCAGUGUGAGGCGUUUGAAGAGGCCAUGGCUGAGGAUGAGGACGAGCUCCUGAGGCUCUAUGGAGGAAUUGACAUGAGCAACCAUCAGGAAGUCUUCACGUCUCUGUUUAACAAGGUGAGCAGCUUCCCGUCGUCUCUGCAGCUGUUGUCCAUCUUGCAGGCGCUGCUGCUGCUGGGUCCCGAGCGAGUGGAUAUCUGGCAGGCGCUGGAGGCGCUCGCUAACCGAGCCAUACUGAUCGCUCAGAGCUCUGAGAUGGACUCGUGUGAGAAGAUCCUGCAGCGUCUCGUCUUCUCUAAGGAAUCGUCCAAAGGCUCUUUUGAGGUCAACGGUUAUGAGUCCAGAAGAAAGAAUCAAGCCGUUCAGACGGAGACCACAGACGAGAAACUGGAGAGUUCCUGCAGAUCAACCAAAAGCCAGGAACCUCCGCGCAACUCCACAAAGAUCGGACCUCCUCCUCCUCCUCCUCCUCCUCCUCCUCCUCCCUUCUCAGCAGCGCCUCUCAAAACAGGAGCUGGACCUCCUCCUGCACCUCCACCACCUCCUCCUUUACCAGGAGCAGCAAUGCCUCCUCCACCUCCUCCUUUACCAGGAAUGGGUUCUGCUGGUCCUCCACCGCCUCCACCUUUACCUUGCAUGGGUGCACCUCCUCCUCCUCCUCCUCCAGGAGAAGGUGAUGUGAUCGUGGCCCGGACGUUUCAUCCGGUUGGCCAGAGUUACUCCGUGCCGGUGGGGAGCGGUCGGUAUCCCACACUCAGGAUGAAGAAACUCAACUGGCAGAAGCUGAACUCCAGAGCCAUCACUGAUGGUCCUUCAAUGUGGGCUUCCGUCUCGACCGAUUCACCGCUGGAGCCCAAUUACAGCAGCAUCGAGCAGCUCUUCUGUCUGCCAGUGACUGAAGCCAAAGACAAGAGCCCCGCCGCGCCGCUCAAGAAAGAGCCCAAGGAGAUUUCCUUCAUUGACCCCAAGAAGAAUCUGAACCUGAAUAUCUUUCUGAAGCAGUUCAAGUGCUCAAAUGAAGAGUUUGUGUCGAUGGUGCAGAAAGGAGAUUGUUCCAAAUUUGACGUUGAGUCCCUGAAACAGCUUCUGAAACUCCUUCCUGAAAAACAUGAGGUUGACAACUUAAAGUCCUUUCAAGGAGAUUUGGACAAACUGGCCAGCGUGGAUCGCUUUUACAUCUUACUGCUGGCUGUACCCUGUUACCAGCUGAGGAUUGAAUGCAUGUUGCUGUGUGAGGAAGCGCUGUCUGUGCUUGAUAUCCUGAAGCCGAAGGUGAAGCUGGUGGAGACGGCCUGUGAGAAUCUCAGGAAAAGUUCACUGCUGCCCAGUUUCUGCAAACUAAUCCUUGAUGUUGGAAACUUUCUCAACUAUGGAAGCCACACAGGAAACGCUGAGGGAUUCAAGAUAAGUUCCCUGCUGAAACUCACUGAAACCAAAGCAAACAAGAGCCGCAUCACGCUCUUACAUCACAUCCUGGAGGAAGCUGAAUUAAACCAUCCAGAGCUGCUGAAGCUUCCAGACGACAUCGAGGCCUGUGAGAAAGCAGCCGGUGUGAAUCUGGAAUCGAUUCAAGCCGAAACCAGUCAGCUUCUGAAGAGGCUGAGAGACGCGGAGAAGAAGGUCUCUUCGUCACUCGAGGACGUCAAGCAGCAGUUCUCAGGGCUCAUCGAGAAGAACCUGACAAUGUGUGAAGCUCUAGACGAGCGUUUCACUAACGUGAACAACAGAAAGGGUGAUCUGGCUCAGUAUCUGUGUGAAGACGUGGCUCAGUUCUCGCUCGACGAGCUCUUCAGCAACAUCAAAACCUUCAACCAGCUCUUCCUCAAAGCCCUGAAGGAAAACAAGAUCCGUAAAGAACAAGCGGCUAAAGCCGAGAAAAGAAAGCAACAGCUGCAGGAGGAAGAAUCCAAGAGACAGAAGGGAGAAGAUGGAAAGAUAAUCCGCAGAGCCCCGGUGCCGCAGGACGACGGCUGCAUCAUCGAUCAUCUCCUGGCCGACAUUCGCAAGGGUUUCCAUCUGAGAAAGACUCAUCCCAGGUGCGAAACGGAAACCCCUCCUAGUGAAAUGCAUAGAGAUAUGGGAGCGUCCGCAAGUGUCAGGUCUGCCGGAGAAGAAGCUGGAUCAUCUGCAGUCGAACCGUCUCCAGCAGCCCCGGUUUCUACUCCAGGAGAUCCGGCCAAAGACUGCGGCACCAGUCCCAGUGCUGAAGAGACCUCAGCGGGUAACGGGGAACCGGAGAGCCUUCCCUCAGACGGGACGGAGCUUCAGUCCCCUGAGAUCCACCCUCCAGCCUUCAGUCAAGCACAAACCCCUCAGGAACCAGCCGACACGUCACCCAGCUGCCUUACUACAGCCAACACAGACCAGAAUCACAACGGAAAUAACGUCAGGUCUACAGACGAUCACGUGACUCCGGGAUCCACCGCCGCCGCUCAUACAGACUGUGACUGUGACUCGGUGAAGAAUAAAGACGAGCCGCUUCGGCCGAGUAACACACACACAGAUGACAACGCUAAUGUGUCGGCAGGAAGACAGCAGGCCUGUGAUGAUGUCGACGGAGUGAUGUCACAAGCCCCGCCCACUCCCUCGGAAGGCCCCGCCCCCCUGAAACCCGAGAAUAAAAAACAUUUCUUACAAAGAAACAAAAAAGGCAGUAAUGAAGUGGAGGGUAACAGAGGGAAUGGACGCUCUAAAAAGGGAUGUGUGUUGCAGUGAGGACGCUCUAGGAAAAGAAGAACUAAGGGGAGAAGGAAAAGCUGAGUCUGUUCCUGCUGUGAUCCUAUUAUUCCACCGGAUCUCCAUGGACCGGAUGAGAUCUGACCGCUCUUUCAUCUGCAGAGGAAGAAAUACACACUAUACACUGUGUGUUUGAGUUUGGCUUAAAGAAAUGUGUUUUUAAAUCCUAAAUCUUUCGAUUUGACCAAACUAUUUUAAAUAUUUGCACACUGUAAGAUACAUUUAUAACACAAAAACUUUGUUUACAUAAGACAGUGGUUAAUAGAGGAGAGAAAAAAAUGAUCAAUCAUGAAUUUUUGCUGUUUCUCAAAACCUUUAAACAGUCUGUUUCUGGAACCUUUAAGAUAAGUUGCUGUUAACUCUUAAUAUUGCUCUGAAUGUAAACUUUAUAUGUCCUAAAGAUGUUUGGCAUUAACCGUGAAAAGUAUUAGUUCAUUACACCAGCUCUAAAAUAUUAGUGUAAUAAAAAUGACUGGAUUAUAUUUUGCGCUUGAGGUGGACGGUUUAGUAUCUUUAUUUGAGUAUUCCCUGUGACUUUCAUAUUGAUGUUGGUAUGUAUUUUCAUCAAGAAAAUCUUUAAAUUAUAUAUAAAUAAUAAAAAAAAAUGUGUA